GUUAUUUUCCGUGCUAAUUAACCACCCCCGAGAGACCGGCAUUUUUUUUCUCGGCAGAAAAACGCGAGACCGCGCAUUUUCCGCGAAAAGUUCACUCGGAGUGUUCAUCUCAUUUGUAAACAAAAAAUUCAACGUAAAAAAGGUCCUGGAAACGUGCGUUCGCGAAGGUCCUGGAAACGUGGAAAACCGGAAAACCAUGUGAUUGAUCUGAGGAAAGGGGAACAAAGGAUCCCACCCUUUUCCGGGAACGCUACGGGCGCCACGGUCCAACCACUCGUUGUUCGUGUUUGGGUGUGGUGUGAGGAGCAGCAGGAGCAGGAGCCUAACUCGAUUUCGCUCGCUCGUACCAGCACAGGCCGUAAGGACGACAUCAGGGCCUCGCACUCUAACCUUCAGGGCACACAAAUCCCGGCCAGAGCCGAGGAGCAGCCCAUCGACGGGGACCGCGAGCAGGACUCGCGCGCAAGGACUCGCUUAUUCGUUCAAGAUAGGUCAAACGGGUAGCAGCAACGGGAUGUCGCUGAACGAAGGUAUCGCGGUCGUUACGAAGGUGGUGCCCGGUGUACGGUCCCGUGCCAAGGAUUCUGCCGAGGUGCAGCUUACACGGGAAGAUCUCGACGCGGGACCGAUAAGUUUGGACGAGAUUGAACCGGGCCUGUGGCUGGGCAAUGCUUCGGCCGCCGCCGAUCUACCCACGCUUCAGCGCCACUCGAUCCGCAGCAUCCUGUCGGUCGACUCCGUACCGCUGCCGGUGCACAUUACGGACCAUCCGAAUUUGCGCGUUCGCCAUAUUCAGGCGGCCGAUGUACCACGCGAGGAUUUGAUUCGCCACUUUGAGGACACCAAUCGGUUCAUAGGCAAUAGCUUGGCGGAAGGGCGACACGUGCUGGUGCACUGUUACUUUGGUGUUAGUCGCAGUGCAACGAUCACCAUUGCCUACUUGAUGGACAAGUAUCGGCUCGGGUAUGAGGCGGCAUUUGCGCGGGUUCGCGCUAAACGCCGCUUCGUGAUGCCCAAUCCGGGAUUCGUCAAUCAGUUGAAGCUGUACGCUCGGAUGGGCUAUCGGAUAGAUCGUAGCAACGAGCGGUACAAACUGUUCCGUUUGCGGUUGGCCGGCGACAAUGUGCGUAAGGCGAAACGUCUACCAACGGAGUGCAUGGAUGUAGUGAAACAAGAUCCGGGUGUGACGCAGGAAUCCCCGGAACCGUACGUCUAUCGGUGUCGCAAAUGUCGCCGGGUGGUCGCUUCACGGAGUAAUCUGCUGCUGCACAAACCGAAAUCGUCAUCGAUGGUCGUUAGUGCAUCACCAGCGAAGACCGUUGGCAGAGAGGCCGAAGCGACGCUCGAGGAGGAGGGUGCGAACGAUGAAGCGGCUGAAGGGGUGAAUGGUCCACCGGCUAACGUCGCUGAACCGAACGUUGAAACUCCUAUGGCAACCGAGAUAGCUACUGCGACCAACGAACUAACGGAGCAGCUCCGACGCAGUUCGAUCAGCAGCGAGCAUAGCAACCGUUCCUCGGAGAAGGAAACGCCAAUGUGCAGCAAGAUCUACUUCGUCGAACCACUAGCCUGGAUGACGGACAUCUAUCGGAACACGCAGGGGCGACUGUACUGUCCCAAGUGUACGGUGAAGCUCGGAAGCUUCAACUGGGUGAUGGCGACGAAAUGCCCGUGCGGAGCCGAAAUUUUUCCCGCCUUCUAUCUAGUUCCCUCGAAAACGGAAUACUCCACGGUGGUUCAGAAUGUGCAGGUCACGGUGUAAGACCCUCUUCUCCCACGGCUGUAGACGUCCUGUUGGAAAGACGCCAAAGGCCCACCACCUACCGCGACCAUAUUGUGGCUCCAAGGAGUCGCUUCAUUCGGAAUUUAUCGUCAUCAUUAUUCAUCAGCGCGCGUUGUGCUCUUCUUCCAGCUCGAUAUUCGUCUGCGUCAUUGCUUUUUUACCUUUUAAAAAUAGCUCCAGUUGACGAGAUACCACGGCGGCAUCCCCAACAAUGGGGUAACGGGUGAACGAGCUUCGAGUUCGCUUGUGCGAAGCGCCGGAGUGCGCCAACGGAAAGCAGAAAGGAUGUCCUCUCGAUGGCUCAUUUGUGGCACCCUCUCGAGCACACUGGAAAGCACUAUAGUGCGCCUCCGUCUCCCAAGACCCCUCUCUUCUCCUAUCCGCUCAUCUCACAUCUGUCACUCAUCAGUGAUCGAUGCAAAGCGUUGCUAAAAAUAGGUCAAUAGCCAUCAUCAUACCCGAUAGCACCAUCCCCAUGGGCGCCACUGAUUAUCGGUUUCUUCCUCACCGUCACCACACCGUACCGGAGAUGCUGCUCAUAGAUCCAAUCAAACCACAUAAUAUAUAGCUGAAGCAGACCACGAGCCAUAGUGAAGUGGACGGGUUUAAUCGAUAUCAAUGCAAAGCUACAAGUCUGCGGAUGGCAAACGGAAAAAGGAGGAAGAGGAAGGGCGACCAACAUUGCGCAAUACCGAUACCGGUAGACUAGAACGGUUCAUGGUAAGGGUCGUAGCAGAAGAGGACAAAUGAGUACAACAAAAGAACGUCGCUAAGGAUUGUUUCUUAUCAGCCGAAAGGAUUCUCCAUCGCUGGUCCUGUCCAACCGUCCACUGGUCUGUUGGUGACAGCACUAUGGAGAGCAGGCAGAACAGAGCAGAGUCGAUGGCGCCAGGAGGUAAUUUCUUUUCUAUUCUGAGCAGUGAGCGCGAGCAUGACCCGCGGCAGCAUCAGCAGCAGCAAUAGCCGUUGCAGUCUCUCUGCCAUGCUGCUGUGGUACAGAAAACUCGGAAAAUGUAUUUUCAUUAUUCACGCACAGUACAAACUAGAUGCGAGGCAUAGCAGCGUACCCGAAGUGGUAGGAAUGAUAGGACUGAGGAGAGCCGUUGUUAUGGAACGGAGUGUGCGGGCGGAAACAAUAGAUUAUUUUAUCUUUUCUAUUGCGGCUUUCCCCUUGGUUAUGCUGCUUCUAUAGCAGGGUGCGUCUCAGACAGAAUACAUGGAUAAAACUGGCCAGAGGCAAACAUUUGGCAGCAACAAAAUACGGGGAAUAAUACGGGAAGAUGGAGUAACGUUGAACCAAAAACAAACAGCUAAUCCAGCGUGUCGCUCUUUGAAGCGCUGCGCUCUAAAAUGAAACAAUAAUCUAUACACGGUAUUUAUCGCUAAUGAUUCGGGCUUAGCUAAAUUUACUCUACGUGCGUGUACAGAGCCAAACAAUGGCCAAAGCAGCAGCCAUAGCCAGCAAUGAGGAGGGUGUGGUGUUGUCUAUCCAAGCGUAUAGCGAGAGCGAGCGCGUAGGCGCAGCGCAUUAAUAUUUAAGUGUCCUGGCGGGCGGAGUCUCGAGAGGCUAACAGCCAAGAAGAGGACGCUAAUCGUUCGUCCUGUGCCCUUGCGAUGGACCAUUAACUGUGGCUAAUUAUGUGCUUGUGCCGCUGGAAAGCAGCACAACAUAACACAUGCUCAUCACGGACACGGCGCAGCACGGAUUCUGUCCAUACACAGGAACGGCAACAGAGAGAGAAUAAGCGAAGAAAUAGAAAACGUUAAUAACGACGAGAGCGGAUGGACAUAUGAAUAAUGAAAUCGCUGUCAACCGACCGACAGGCGGACAAGGAUAGAUUGCAGGAAGUAAUGGAAUGUUUAGGAGCUUCGCGAGCAAUAGCCAUGGCGCUAAAAAAAAAACAGGCGGGUAUAUGCAUCAUCUUACAACAUUUUUGAACAUUAGUAACAACAACAGAAAUACAAUCAUCGGUUCAUCCCAAUCUCGGGUUAGCGGCAUUCGUGUGAAACAGCAGUUGCUGUACUAGAGCAUUACGUGUAUAACAGAAAGGAUAAUCAAAACAUGCAUUUA